AUUCAGGGUAACUCUGGACUUCCUGCUCUUCUUCUUGGAGGGGAUGGAGGACAUACCUGCAGAGAUCAAGAUCAGAUCAGACUGAACUCACUGAGGAAAUGGCUCCUCAAUAGUCUCUGAAAGAUCUUUUUUUGCACCUCUCUGUGGUUGCUGAGUGUUGUGAGACACACUUCCUGUUUGUGUGACAGGAAGAACAGUUAGAGCGGCGUACAGCGGAGUUCGGACGCUGUGGAGUGCAUGAAGAACGAUCAGCACAGGUUCUUCAUCUGAGGCUUAAACUGAUCGAUCAGAGCUCUGCCAUAGACCCGUCUCAACCAGAGCCCCCCCCUGCAACCAUGAAGGAAGAUAAAAGAAGCCUGGAGCCCCCUCCUUCAGAGGACCAGCUUAAUGAAGCCUCCGGGCCAAAAGUACCCCCCCCAGUGGCCCCGAAACCGGCCUGGUUUAAUCCAAGUCUGAAGAAAAGACGAGACAACCAGGAUCAGAUGAGGCAAGCUAAUCAUUCAGCAGAGGUGGCUGCAGCUGGAGUCAGCAGAAGCCUGGGGGGCAGGUCCUCCUCAGGAGCAGCCACCAUGUCCAUCAGGCAGAAGAUUCACUCCUUUGAGACGUUUUCUAGUCCAGAAGCUCCGGACAAAAGAGCCGGCAGGAGAUCUACCACUCCUUCCAACUCCCUAUCUUUGAAAGAAAAGCAGUGUACGAGUCCGAGUCACCCUCCUCCUGCUUCAGACAGAGAUGAUGGCAAGAGCAAACAAAACCUCUCCGAUGAGACGCAGUCAGAGCGGUCUGCAUCCGUCCUGACCGAGGACGUCUCUGCUCCACCCUCUGCUGUUCANUCAGUCCUUCAUGAAGAGUCAGAGCGGUCUGCAUCCGUCCUGACCGAGGACGUCUCUGCUCCACCCUCUGCUGUUCAGUCAGUCCUUCAUGAAGACAGCGAUCAAACUGAAGCCGAGUCCCCUGAGGACCAGAUCUCUGGAAACCACCUCUCUAAUGAUGUCCCCUUCUCUGACACCAUCAGCGACUCUGUGAUGGAGGAGAGUUCAGACAGGAAAGUUCAACAGUCCAACCAAGAAGCUGAGGUGAAAGAGCAGGAUCUGACCACCUCCACAGAAGCCCAGUCUUCAUCAGUCAGAGUGGAUCAACAGAAGGAGGUGAAACACUCAGACCAGACCUCAGGAGAAGACUGUGGAGAGGCCCCCAUGGCAGCUCCUCCCUCUGCAGAGGGCCGGCCCUCGAGGAGCCAGGAGGAGGAACACAUUGGGAAGAUCAUUGCCUUCAGCAACCAGGUUUCACAGGCAAUAAUGCGCUCCCACCCUACUUCCUACCAAGGGAACCCUCCGUCCCAAAGCUUAAUGGACCCCCCAGCGAGGGAGGUAGAUAAUCCCUCGGAGUCUGAGCUGAGUACGGUCUGCACAAAUAAAGGAUUCUCUGUCAGCUUAGCAACUCUGAGAGAAUGCACCAUUGAGCAAGGCAGGGAGAACUUGGACCAGGCAACCUGCCUUCACUCCGUCAUGUCAGGAAUUCCUUCCCAGGAAAUCCGAAAGAUGAUUGAAGAAGCUAAGACUUUGGAAGAAGAGACACUGAAGCAACUGGUGGACAUCCACGUUGUGAUCCUGCAUAAAGAGGAAGGAGCUGGGUUGGGCUUCAGCAUCGCUGGAGGAUGUGACCUGGAGAACAAAGCACCAACGGUGCACAAAGUGUUUCCAUGUGGACUGGCAGCUCAGGAGGGAACCAUCCAGAAAGGAGACGAGGUUCUGUCCAUCAAUGGCCAAACUCUGCGUGGAGUCAAGCACACGGACGCCACGGCUGUUCUACGUCAGGCCCGCAAUCAAACCCUGGCUGUGGUGGUGAUCUGCAAGAGAGCCGAUGAAGAGGGCAAAGAUGGAGGGAGCAGGAGAGGGGAGGAACCCAGUGCUCCCAAGGAACAGGGCGUCCCAAUGACUGUGGACCUGGAGAAAGGUGCUGGAGGGAUUGGCUUUUCUUUGGAAGGAGGGAAAGGUUCAAUCCAAGGAGACAGACCUUUGGUCAUCAACAGGAUAUUUAAGGGUGGAGCAGCAGAGCAAAGCGGUCUGCAGUGUGGAGACGAAGUCCUGCAGGUUCAGGGAGCAGGUCUGCAGGACAUGACCAGAUUCGAGGCCUGGAACAUGAUCAAGGCUCUACCUGAAGGGCCUGUUUCCCUGGUCAUCAGGAGACGGCCAGCAGCAGAGGAAUAAAAAAGCUUCUUUUCACAUUUCAUCGCUCAUAAUCUUCUGUUUUUCUGGUCCAGUCAAGGAAACGAUAGUAUUUCACUAUGCUUAAGACAAAUA